CACAACACAAUUGUGGGCCUACGGUGUUAGAACAUAGAACGCACGCUCUGGUGAGUCGCGUAGCGGGGUUUUCACCCUCCGCAAUCUGUCAUCUCUUCUGAGUUCUGAGCUGCACACAAAUAAUAUCUUUCUGCCUCCACCGGUAAAAGGAUUCAACUUGUACGCAUAUCCUCCAUAUAUUUCAAUCUGAGUUUCAGAGAGCACACUUGCGACGAUUGCUGUGCAGAUGGUGGAGGGUUCGUUGAUGGCGCACUGUUGAUUGAGUUCUUUUUGAACGGCAACCACCACCGGACCGCUCUUCCGCCGCCGCCGCUGCAGCAGCCGGAGGAGGAGGAGAAUCUAAAGGACUGACAUGGAGGACAACGUUUCCACCGUCAACAACCGUACCCGGCGUCAGGCCUUGACCACAACUGACUCCGUCUCCGUCACCACUACAAACACCGCCAACAAGCGCCGCCACCGCGGAGCUUUCUCUGUUGCGGCGGCGGGAGAGGAGGCGUUUGCUGGAGGAGAAAAACACGGCGGCGGCGGAGAGGAUCAGAACGACGAUUGCUUCGAAGGAGGCGACUCGGAAGUCUGGAACGCGUUCACGAGCAACUUCCAGUCGGUGCAGUCGGUGCUGGAUCGGAACAGACUGCUGAUUCAGCAGGUUAACUCCAACCAUCAAUCUAGAGUCCACGAGAAUCUGGUCGAAAACGUUAACCUAAUUCAGGAGAUCAACGGCAACAUCUCCAAAGUCGUUGCACUCUACUCUGAUCUCUCCACCAAUUUUUCCAGCGCCUUUAAUCAGCAGCGCAAGGCCACCACUCAAGACCAGAGCAACGCCGAGAAAGCCGACAGCUAAAUCAUCAGUAAAUCUUUCUCGGCCCCCUUAUUCUUCCUUUAUCAGUAUUCAGUAAUGUUUCUUUCAUUAGUUUGUGGCUUAGAGGUAUUGAAAUCAGAGAUGUUUGGCCAACCUUUCUACUUACUGUUAGUAGCUAAAAGUAAAACUAUGUCCUGCGUUCAGUAAAAGUUUCUUUCUAAUGUAUUACUAAAAAUAAAAAUGCAUCUAAAAAUAAAA